AUGUCCGUCACUGUUCGAUAUGCGCGCUACCUGCUAUUUGCCGUCAUAGGACUGGCGGUCUUCUUCGUAAUCUCAAAAUCCUCCAUUCCACUUCCUAGCACUAGCACCGGUUCUACCGCUCCUGCAGCGAAAAACCCGCCGACCUACGACUCAGUCAAGUCGCAAAAACCACAAGUCCUUGGCCCGCACCGCGCUGAUCGUGUAAAUGCCACCUUUGUGACCUUGGCGCGCAAUUCCGACCUCUGGGAUAUGGUCAAGUCAAUCCGGACCGUCGAAGAUCGUUUCAACCGCAACUACAACUAUGACUGGGUAUUCCUGAACGACCACGAGUUCGACGAGGAGUUCAAGAAAAUCACAACUGCCCUCAUUUCCGGGCAAACCCAUUACGGAGUCAUCCCCAAUGAACACUGGUCGUACCCGGAGUGGAUCGACAAGGAUAAAGCCAAGGAUGCGCGCGAAGAGAUGGAUCGCAAGAAGAUUAUCUACGGUGGCUCGGAGAGUUAUCGCCAUAUGUGCCGUUAUGAGUCUGGGUUCUUCUUCCGUCACCCACUUAUGAUGAAUUACGAGUACUACUGGCGCGUCGAGCCUAGCGUUGAGCUGUUCUGCGAUAUCGACUCGGAUCCUUUCCGUUUCAUGAAGGAGAACAAGAAGAAGUACAGCUUUGUCAUCAGUUUGUAUGAGUAUGUGGCGACCAUCCCUACUCUGUGGGAUAGUGUGAAGAAGUUCACCGGCAACCACCCCGAGUAUGUCAGUGAGGGAAAUGCCAUGGAAUUCAUCAGCAACGACGGCGGUGACACCUACAACAACUGCCACUUUUGGUCGAACUUUGAGAUUGGCAGUCUAGAAUGGCUGCGGUCUGAUGCAUACAUCGACUACUUCACUUCUUUGGACAAAGAUGGCGGUUUCUUCUAUGAGCGAUGGGGUGAUGCACCUGUUCACUCUAUCGCUGCUUCUAUCAUGUUGAAGAAAGAAGAAAUCCACUUCUGGGAUGACAUUGCUUACUACCAUGUUCCAUUCACGCAUUGUCCCACCGAUGAAAAGAAGCGGUUGGAUUUGAGAUGCUCUUGUCAGCCAAAGGAGAACUUCGACUGGAAGGAUUAUUCUUGCACCAAGCGUUGGUUCGAUAUCAACAAAAUGCCCAAGCCACACGGAUGGGAUAAAACAUACGACUAA